UAUUAAAAAUCCAACUUUUCAAACUCUAACAAAUCCCCCACACUUAUCUUUUACCCGCCCUCGGACAAAAUCAAUAAAAGAACAAAGGAAAGAAUAAAUAACUUUUAACAAGGGUCUCUUUGGACAACCUAACAAAUACGUAUGUUUCACUUUUUCUAUCUAAAAAAGGUCAUUUUAUGAACAUAUUCUUAUCCUCAACCAUCAAAAUAUACUAUUUAUUCAAGUUUACUAAAAAUAAAGUUUAAUGGACUUAUUAGUUUUUUUAUUUAGUUGUUAGCAGUUUUGGCCCCAUAGCCCGUUUUUGAUUCCAAGACCAAGGCAUUUGGGAAUAACUCGGGGUGCCCUUUCGUCGGCUCACUUAUGCCACCUCUAACAACCCAAGUGUGACCAAUCCUACUUUGACUUAACGGGUGCAACAAUACGUUUUUUGCUAUGUCUUUUUGCCUCGUGAUUUGAAUCGCAGUGUUGUGAACAAUGACGAUAUUCGCUUGUUUCAGUGGACUUCUCUCGGGACAUCCGGGUUCUGGUGAAAAGACAUGUUUCAUCAAGGAGACAAAGUUCACUUGCAUUGUUUUCCGAUCCGAAGGUGAAGUACUGCGACCUCGAGAUAUCAAACUAGAGCAGGAUGAGAGCAUGCAAGAGAGCCAAGCCGAAGCAUCCAACAUGCCGAGUCAUGCCGAGGAAGGUACAAGUCGUUCCACCGUUUGAGAAGCUCAUCGCCGACAUCCACGUUCAAGAGAAGAUGAGCCCUAGCCGUCAUGGUCACGAAUAUUUUGGACGCCAUCACUUGUGUUCUUGAUGACGUUAGACAGCCCCCUGAAUGCGUCACUUUAGCUUGAGCAACAUCACUUCUCACGCUCCUAUCGUGGCCCCCGUCAUAGCACGCCCAGUUGACUUCGAGCAUAUCUCUUUAAUGAUAUCUUGUUAUUAACUACUCCGUAUUAUUUACUAUGAAUGUUAUCUAUUGUUUUUUUAUGACAUUUAAUACUGAAUGCUUAUGGUCAUUU